UUUAUCUUACAUUGCAGGUCUCAAGCUCGGAUAAAGGAGAAGGGGGAGGGCAUCAUGUAGUCAACAGCCGGCACUCCUAGGUUACGUCGAAUCCUUAUAAAUAGCUGACCCCACUUAGUGGGAAAAAGGCUUUGUUGUUGUUGUAUCUACGCAACAAUUCCAAAUUCAACACCCAAUCAUUGGAGGAGAUACUGAGUUCAAAUUUCUAAAUACAAGUACCAUAUAUUAGAAAGAGAACAUUACCAUUAUACGAGUAGUGAACAUUUCCUCCAUCUACAUAGUUAUUGUCGUCGGUGGAGACCCUGAGUUCAAAUUUCACGAACCACAAUAUGUAGAGCAAAAUUGGGCCUCAUUGCCACCAAACUAAGCCCAAUGCCUAACCUACCUUAUUGUGGGCCUCCCUUCAAAAAUAAAGAAUAAAAUUAAAUAUUUUAAAUUUUGGACAGCUCUCACUACCAUCCACAAUAAAGGGGAGAGAGGGGGGAUGUUAGGCUAGGUAUUUAAACGAGGGAGAGAGAGGAUAUAACGGAGGCCACGUUUUGAAACUCCCUUUACCCUUUUUCCUCCCCCCUCCCACCGCUUCUAGGGUUUUAGCUUUGCCGCCUUCUUCCUCCUCCUCCCUCCGUCCCUCCCUCUCUGCAAAUCGGAAUGGGCAGCGAUAAGGAUAAUAUCAACAUGUCCGAUCUCUCCUCAGCUCUCAACGACGUGGAUCGAGCAGGCCUCGUCAAUGCUCUCAAGAAUAAGAUAGAGAGUUUGGCCGGGCAGCACUCUGAUAUCCUCGAGAGCUUAUCUCCUGCAGUCCGAAAGCGGGUCGAUGUCCUUAGAGAGAUUCAGACCCAGCAUGAUGAACUUGAGGCAAAGUUUUUCGAGGAGAGAGCAGCUCUUGAAGCCAAAUAUCAGAAAUUGUAUCAACCUUUGUAUACCAAGAGAUACGAGAUUGUAAAUUGUGUUGUUGAAGCUGAAGGAGUCACUAAUGAAGCAGCAACAACAGAAGAGGGUAAAGAUUCCGAAGAAAAAGGAGUUCCUGAUUUCUGGCUCAACGCAAUGAAGAACAAUGAAGUGCUAGCUGAGGAGAUAUCUGAGCGUGAUGAAGGUGCUCUUAAAUAUCUUAAAGACAUCAAGUGGUUUAGGAUAGAUAACCCUAAGGGCUUCAAACUGGAGUUCUACUUUGACACCAAUCCCUAUUUUAAGAACUCUAUCUUGACAAAGACAUACCACAUGAUUGAUGAAAAUGAACCCAUUCUCGAGAAAGCAAUAGGGACGGAGAUUGAAUGGUAUCCUUCUAAAUGCUUGACACAAAAGCUUCUUAAGAAGAAGCCUAAGAAGGGAUCUAAGAAUGCUAAGCCAAUAACUAGAACUGAAAAUUGCGAAAGUUUCUUCAACUUUUUCAGUCCGCCUCAAGUCCCUGAGGACGACGAAGAUAUUGAUGAGGAUGUUGCCGAGGAGCUCCAAAACCAGAUGGAAAAUGAUUAUGACAUUGGGUCUACCAUUCGAGAUAAGAUCAUCCCCCAUGCUGUUUCAUGGUAUACUGGAGAGGCCAUUGAGGGAGAAGAUUUUGGAGACUUGGAAGAAGAUGAAGAAGAUGAAGAUGAAGAUGACGAAGAGGAAGACGAAGAUGAUGAGGAUGAAGAAGACGAGGAAGAUGAUGAAGACGAUGAAGAUGAAGGCAAAACCAAAAAGAAGACUUCAGCUAGCCACAAGAAGAGUGCAAGAGCACCAACCGGGGAGCAGGGUGAAAGGCCUCCAGAAUGCAAACAGCAGUAGAAUAUGAUUGUUUCGGAAAGGCGGGUUGAUUAGCUGUGAGUUCUCGUUGGACCUUCAGACUGUUUUAAUAGAAAAUGGUUGCUGGGCAGUUUUGUGUGGCCGAUAUAUUUUUUUACCUUUUGUUUUCUUUUCCAUGCUGGUUUAGGAGGAAUGUGAUGAAAGAUGGUUUGGAUGUCAUUGUGAUUUGUUGGCGUAUGUCUGAAUUCGAUAGACAAUGUUUUCUAGUAAUCUAUUAUUGAUUUGUGUAAUUUUCGGCCUUUA